GAGGACCUGUUUUUCUUCUGUGACGGACGUGACGCAGUUUUCGCGGGAAACGGCUGCGUCGAAGGCACGGCGAGCUUCUUCGAGGGAAUUUAUAAUUUGCCUCUAAACUACUUGUUCGAGUCAACCUUUUCAAAGGGUUCUAUGCUUUAGAAGGGUAAAUCAAUAUUCCUUGUUUUAAUUCCAAGUCCAGAAUGCAAACGAGAUGGCGAGUACGACGAGUGUACAAGUGGCAAGGAGAACCUUUGAGAUUUGACAGGAAGCUGAAAAACUUUGAAUAUAGCUCUUUGGCCAUCAGUGUGGAGGGUCUACCCAGGCCCAACAUCAUUAACACUGGUCAAUGCAUUCUUAUUGAGGGUGAGGAAGAAGACAACCCUUAUGUUGCCAAAGUUAACAAGUUGUUUGGGGACGAGAAUGGGAGGCAGAAGAAGGCAAUGGUCCAAUGGUUUGUCCGUGCAUCUGAAUUGCCUGCAAGCAAACUGCCACUACUUGGUAGAGCGCCACAUCCACAGGAGAUAUUUUACUAUCAGGGACGAGGGUGCAAUGAAGAAGUCAACGCUGAGUCCAUCCUCAGACCCGUUGAGGUGAAGUAUCUUGAUGGACCAGCUCCCUUCCCAGAGUCCACUGAUAAAGAUGUGCUCUAUGUGAAGUUGUCCUGGGACACCAAGACUUUCAAAAUGCUAGACUCACCUGUAUUACCACCUUCCACCCCUCCUUGCAGUCCCAAACCCUCCCACACCAAUUUAUUUCCCAGCUCACCGGCUCUGUCAUCUCGAAGAGUGCACCAACGAAUUUUGUCGCCAUCUGGCACCCCUGUCAAACAACGGGCCGCUUCAACAGAGGUCCGAUACACCAAAGACACAAGCACAGGAAAAGUUGGCCCAGAAGCUGACUCAAUGCAUUCAGCCACCAAACUUCAAGCUUCAAAAUGUCUAAGCAGUAAGAAAAGGAAUUCGGCAGCCAGGAUGCCAGGAGUCCGUAAACGGCUCAAGCUCUGCAGUCCAGAGAAGAAGUCAAUGCCUUUCAGUGAUGUCUUGAGUCAGCUGCUGGAUGAAGAUGUAGAAUCAGAGUUGGAGUUGGCUAAGAGGUUCGUGGCCUCUCGCCCUCAGGUGCUGCAUCCAACCUACAACCUUACCCCAUGCCGGAAGAUCCACACAACACCUGUCGACCCAGAAUCUCUCUCCCAAAAGUCCCCAGUUUUAAUGAUUAACAAACUGUCUGCCUGUGAGAUAGACAGUCCUCCAUCAAAAAACAAAGCUUUUUUAUCCAUGACUGAGGUGGACAAUGACAACUCUCAAGUGCUGCUUGUCGCCACAACACCAAGGAGCUCAAAACGGAAGUCUGCUCAACUAGUGUCUAUGAGGAUCAAAAAGCAAUUAAAACUCCUGGAUGAGCAGCAAAACCUGGACUCAAAUACAGAAGAUGAAGAAUUUGCUCCAUCAAAUAAAACAUUACGUAGAAGUGAAGAUGGCAAACUGAUUCAUGGUGAUGAAAAUGCACGAGUAAACAAAGAUAGACAGGUUCUUGCAGGGUUACACGUACCUUGUUCAAAGACAACCCUCUCUGGAACGAGGAUCCCUCGUAUAACACCAAGCAAAAGGGCAUCAACGAAUACAUCACAGACUCCUGCCACCCCCACAAUCCCCAGAAGGUUGAUGCCAACACGACACCCCACCAACAUUUUGGAAGUGGCCAGAACAAGGCUACACGUGUCUUCGGUGCCUGAGUCUCUACCCUGCAGGGAGCAGGAGUUUCAAGAUAUUUACAGCUUUGUGGAGAGCAAAAUCAUUGAUGGCACAGGAGGGUGUAUGUAUAUCUCAGGUGUGCCAGGGACGGGGAAGACUGCAACAGUCCAUGAGGUGAUUCACUGCCUCCAGAAUGCAGCAAACAUUAAUGAAAUCCCAUCAUUCUGCUUCAUUGAGAUCAAUGGUAUGAAGAUGACUGACCCUCAUCAGGCCUAUGUUCAGAUCCUUGAGAAACUAAUUGGUCAAACGGCUACAGCUGAUCAUGCAGCUUCACUGCUGGAGAGGCGAUUCAGCAACCCUGCUCCCAGAAAGGAAACUACUGUGCUGUUGGUGGAUGAAUUGGACCUCUUAUGGACCAGAAAGCAAAAUGUGAUGUAUAACCUUUUUGACUGGCCAACGCAUCGUCAUUCUCGCCUGGUGGUUCUGACCAUCGCAAACACUAUGGACCUGCCAGAGAGGAUCAUGAUAAACAGAGUGUCCAGCAGACUGGGUUUAGCACGAAUGUCAUUCCAGCCAUAUGGAUUCAAGCAGUUACAACAGAUCAUCAUGUCCCGGUUAAACAAAGUCAAGGCAUUUGAGGAAGAUGCUUUGCAGCUCGUAACCAGGAAGGUGGCCGCUCUGUCAGGUGAUGCUCGCCGGUGUUUGGAUAUUUGUCGCAGAGCUACUGAGCUCUGUGAACACGAUUCUUCCACCACUUCCAUCACGAGAUUGGUGGGGAUGAAUCAUGUGAUGGAAGCACUCAAUGAGAUGUUUUCAUCCUCGUACAUCACUGCCAUCAAGUCUUCUUCAGUGCAAGAACAGCUUUUCCUUCGCGCUGUCAUUACAGAAUUUCGGCGGUUGGGUUUGGAGGAAGCAACAUUCCAGCAGAUAUUUAUACAGCAUCAGGCUCUGUGUCGGGUGGAGGGUCUGCAGUCAGUUGGUGUAUCAGAGGUUCUUGCAGUCUGUCACCGCCUAGGAGCCUGCAGGUUGUUACUACUGGAGACAAGUCACUUGUCUCUCCUGCAGCGUGUACGCCUUAAUGUUUGCCAAGAUGAAAUUCUCUAUGCCCUCAAGUCUGACUGAAGUGGUUCUCUUUAAUUUUUGACAUUUUGUCAGAUUAAUUUGAGCUUUGUAUUCAUAUUGCAUUUGCCCAGUAUUAGUUAGGCUGUAUUUUUGAAUGAAUAACAUUUUAGUAUUUUGCCCAAGCUUGUAUUUUCCUCUGAUUUGUUACGUGAUUUAUACUUACUGAUUUGCUUUUUUGCGAAUUAAAAUGUUUUUGUAAUAAAUUUUA